AUCCGAGCCGCUAGCGGGCCUCCUGGCACUCACGUGACUCCGCUCAGCUCAAUCGCUCGCGGAAGUGGUCCAGCCUCCGCGUCCCGCGAGGGGGUCUCCGGGUACCCCGCGGGGCGGGCUGGCCGGAGCGGGCACUGCCGGGCGGCCCGCGGCAGGUUGCUGCGAUGGUGCAAUUGUACAAUCUGCACCCGUUCGGGUCGCAGCAGGUGGUGCCCUGCAAGUUGGAGCCUGAGCGCUUCUGCGGCGGGGGACGCGAUGCGCUGUUCGUGGCGGCCGGUUGCAAGGUGGAGGUGUUCGCAGUCGCCGGCCAGGAGCUGUGCCAGCCGAGGUGUGCCUUUUCCACGCUGGGCAGGGUGCUGCGCCUGGCCUACAGUGAGGCCGGAGACUAUUUGGUAGCAAUUGAAGAAAAAAACAAAGCUACGUUUCUACGUGCUUAUGUGAACUGGAGAAGUAAAAGGACUGAAAACUCCCGAGUGUGUAUCCGAAUGGUCGGACAUGAUGUGGAGGCACCCUUCAGUGAAACCUUCAGAGACCAAAUGUCUAUUGUGGAAAUGCCGCUUUCUGAGGCUCCCCUGUGCAUUUCCUGUUGCCCUGUGAAAGGAGACCUUCUUGUUGGCUGCACAAAUAAGUUAGUUUUAUUUAGUUUGAAGUAUCAGAUCAUUAAUGAAGAAUUCUCAAUAUUGGACUUUGAACGUUCUUUAAUUAUCCAUAUAGAUAAUAUCACCCCUGUUGAAAUUUCUUUUUGUAUUGGAUAUGUCGCUGUCAUGUCAGACUUAGAAGUUUUAAUCCUAAAACUGGAGUCAGACCCCAAAAAUGGAGAGAGUGUUAACCACCAUCCACGUAAGACCAACAAUCCAGUGAAACUGUCAGAAGACAUCAGUAAUGAAACUUUGCAGCUUGAGUCAGAUGAUUUUGUUAUCUGCCAAAAGCCCAUGGAACUUCUUGGUGAAAAAAGCCAACAAUCUGGAGUAUCUGUUACGCUGGAGUCAACAGGAUUAGCUGAUGAAAAAAUAAAAUAUUUCCACGUUCAGCACCUGCUCUACAGACGUUUUGCUCCUGAUAUUUCAUCCUAUGUCUUGUCGGAUGACAUCAAGUUGCAUUCACUUCAGCUGCUACCCAUUUACCAAACAGGGUCUCUUACUUCUGAGAGAAAAAAUUCAUCUCAGGAAAAAGAGUUGCUGAGCCUCUUUUGUUUUUUCUCAUUACCUCAUGUGGGCUAUCUGUAUAUGGUUGUCAAAUCUGUUGAAUUAAUGUCAGUCUACCAGUAUCCUGAGAAGUCUCAGCAGGCGGUGCUCACACCACAAUUUUUGCAUGUCAUCACGAGUAACAACCUGCAGUGUUACACAGUGCGGUGCAGUGCGGCGGCCGCUCGGGAGGAGGACCCGUAUGUGGACACCACCCUGAAGGCUUGCCCACCUGUCAGUAUGGAUGUCUGUGCUUUACGAAUACAGCUUUUCAUAGGCUUGAAAGCCAUCUGUCACUUUAAAAACCACGUUAUACUUCUGACCAAGGCAGACCCUGAAACAAUUCCAGAGAGAAGAGAGUCACCCAAGAGGCUUCUUUCUAGAAAAGGUACCAGUGUUAAUCUCAAAACACCUCCUGUAGCUGAGGCUGGGUGGAAUUUGUAUAUUGUGAAUACGAUCUCACCAGUGCAACUGUACAAAGAAAUGGUAGACUACAGUAACACCUACAAGACUGCAAAAACGCAGAGCUGCAUCCACCUUCUCAGCGAGGCUCACCUGUUAGUGAGAGCUGCCCUGAUGGAUGCCAGUCAGCUGGAACCUGGAGAAAAAGCAGAGCUUUUAGAAGCAUUUAAAGAAAGCUGUGGGCACCUUGGAGACUGCUACAGCAGGCUUGACACCCAGUAUUCCCACCUCGCCUUGCCAUACUAUAAGAUGUCUGGUUUGUCUAUGGCUGAAGUUUUGGCCCGAGUGGACUGGGCAGUAGAGGAUGGAUCGCAGAAAUACGAGAGGGGAUUAAUCUUUUACAUUAAUCAUUCACUUUAUGAAAACCUGGAUGAAGAAUUAAGUGAAGAAUUGGCAGCAAAAGUGGUUCAGAUGUUUUAUGUUGCUGAGCCGAAGCAACUGCCCCAUAUUCUCUGUAGUCCUUCUAUGAAGAAUAUUGAUCCUUUAACUGCCGUAAGCUAUUUAAGGAAGCUGGAUACUUCUGGAUUUUCAUCAGUCUUAGUGACGUUGACCAAGGCAGCAAUGGCUUUGAAAAUGAGAGAUCUUGACAUGCACAGAAAUGAAAUGAAAAGCCAUUCAGAGAUGAAGUUGGUAUGUGGCUUCAUUCUGGAACCUCGGCUAUUGAUUCAACAGAGGAAAGGACAGACUGUUCCAACUGAAUUUGCAGUUCACUUGAAGGAGACUCAGCCUGGAUUGCUUGUGGCUUCAGUCCUUGGCUUACAGAAGAACAACAAAAUUGGAAUUGAAGAAGCAGAUUCCUUCUUUAAGGUGCUUUGUGGUAAAGAUGAAGAUACGAUUCCUCAGCUCUUAGUAGACUUUUGGGAAGCUCAGCUGGUAGCAUGUGUCCCGGAUGUGGUACUUCAGGAGCUCUUUUUCAAGCUCACAUCACAGUACAUCUGGAGAUUAUCUAAGAGGCAGUCACCUGACACCACACCGUUGAGAACAUCAGAGGACCUGAUAAACACCUGUAGUCAUUAUGGCUUAAUCAGUCCGUGGGUUAAUGUCUUAAUAUCAUCCGAAUCCUUGGCUGAUAAAAAUUAUAUGGAAGACCUUUCAAAAUUACAGUCUCUCAUAUGUGGUCCUUCAUUUGACAUAGCUUCCAUGAUUCCAUUCUUGGAGCCACUCUCAGAAGACACUGUUGCUGGCCUCAGUGUCCAUGUUCUGUGUCGUACGCGUUUGGAAGAGUAUGAAUGGUGCAUAGACAGGCUGUUAGAGAGAUGCCCGGAGGCAGUCAUCCCAUAUGCUAAUCAUGAACUGAAAGAAGAGAAUCGGACUUUGUGGUGGAAAAAACUGCUGCCUGAACUUUGUCAGAGAAUAAAAUGUGGUGGAGAGAAAUAUCAACUUUACUUAUCAUCACUAAAAGAAAUACUGUCAAUUGUUGCUGUGGAACUACAACUAAGGGAUUUCUUAAAUGUCCUCCCAGAAGAUGGCACUGCAGCAUUUUUCUUGCCAUAUCUUCUUUACUGCAGUCGAAAGAAAUCAUUGACUUGAAGGUAUCAUUUGAAAUAUACCACAAUGGCAUAUGAGACUGAAUUUUUCAAAACUGAAUGCCAGAUUAAAAAAAUAUAUAAAGGAUUUUUAUAUUGAAUAUGUACAUAUAUUGCAAAUGCUUUCAGGCUGCUUACCUCAGUGGUAUUAUUAGUUUCAUAAUUUAUGACCUGAGUCCAUUUAAUUGUCCAGAAUGUAAAAAAGCUACAAGAUAUAGGAGUUUCCUCAGAGAAGGCAUAUAUUUUUAAAGGUAGAGACUGACUUCUAUUCCAAGGAACAUCAAUUUACUGUUGUUGGGGACAUGACAAUCUUUUUCAUCACGGGAACACAAACAAUUUUUAAGUAUGCUCGAAGGAAUGUCAUUCCAAGUGGUCCACAAUUUAACCUUCUUGAUUUUUCCAGAUUUUUCUACUGGGUCACUUUUCAAAACAGUUAUUUUCUUUGAGAAAGAUGUUAAUGUUUUCCCACAGUAAAAGAUUUCAAACUUUAUUUUCUUGUUACUUUUAAAAUUCAUGCUAAGUUUCUCUCUGAAUCAAAUGAAAUAGAAGUUUACAAAGCUGACUUUCUUCUUGUCUGGCUAUUAACAUGACUUGUUGAGUGCAUGUUUUUCAGCCAAAGCCUUGUUUCCAUUUUUUGUUGAUGUGUACUCUUGCUCUUUUAGCCAGAGUGUAUGUGAAAAUAAAGAAAUGUAAAGAACUGUGUCUUUUUUUUUAGCCUCUUAUUAAAUAAUUUUGAGUCCCAGUUCAGUUCAUUGAUAGUGUGCUUUGACUAUAGUUAAGGCUGGGCAAAAAUGUUACUCACCUGAUGUUUCCACAACGAUAUUUUGAAAACUUUUCUCGUGAUGGCAACAUUCGUCUUUACCAGGAUUUAAUUUAUAGAUUGUUUCUCAACUCUGCCUUUCUCCAGUUCCAUAUUAACUUCCUUUUGAUCAUCUCUUCGAGGGUUCACAAAACUCAGAUUGGCAACAUUUUAUUUUAUUUUAAAAAUUUGUUUUAU